CGGGGCCCCUUCCAGCCUAGGCUGGCCAUAGUUUGGGGACCCAGACAGCAACUGGGUGCAGUAGUGGGCGGAGGGAAAGACUUAGAGGCCAACAGGCUAAGGAGGCUCGGAUGGGGGUGAGGCGGGGCAUCUCGGGCCCUCCCCCGUGACCUAGGGCCCUCUGAGAAUGGCGGGUGAGACUCCCCUCUCCUAGGGAUAGAACGAAGGAUGAUGUUGUGUAACGGUAGAUCAAACUCGAAAUCGAGGUUGAAUCUCAGCCUCUUGUAUAGAAGCUUCAUUCUCACGUUGCCCCGUGCAUUUACAGUUAUCACUUAAUAAAAGAAAGCAUGAUCGCUUUUAGGGAAAUGUCUGAAAAACUACGAAGAUGCAGAAAGGAGCUGACUGCUGCUAUAGACCGAGCCUUUGAAGGAGUCAGGCAUUCUCAGGAGUGCACAGGCCAGCAGAGGCUGGACGCCCCGUCGCUCACCUCCCUGCCGGUACACAGGCUCCUCUGCAGAAGCCCACUGGCCGCUUGCCCCUCUGCUGCCCCUUGCUCUGGCGUCUCGUGUGCUCCUGAGAAUGAGAACCCGGCCUUUGGGCCACACCAUAUUCCAGUUAAUGCCAAACCCCAGCCCUUAUACCCCAAAAGAAAACCUCUGAGCAGCAAGGAAAAUGUCGUGACGCAUUCUUCCAUUUUGGCACGUGAAAGACAGUUUUGGAGAGCUGCAGGAGAUGGGGAAAACUGGAGAAAAGAAAGUUUAAGGAAGGAUAUGGAGAGAGAUUUAAAAGUUGACCCAAGUAUGCUGCUCAGUAGUUCUAGCCAAGAGGUCACAAAGGAUCUGCUAGACAUGAUUGACCAUACAAGUAUCCGAACUAUUGAAGAACUGGCUGGAAAACUAGAAUUCGAAAAUGAAUUGAACCGUGUGUGUGGACGCUGUCAAGAUUCGCCCUUCAAGGAGGAAGCCUGGGCCCUGCUUGUGGCUGAGAGUCCUCAGAAGGCUUUGGACCCUGACCCCGGGAGCCUCAAGCAGGCCUUGGAUGAUCAGAAUAUAGUUGAGACUGUUCUGGACUUGGAAGAAGACUACAACUUGAUGACCUCUUUUAAAUACCAAAUAGAGUGAGAGUGGAUGUCAGCAGCCACAGUGGUCACCAGAAUAGGUCUUCACAAGGGGCUGGCAGAGCCCGAAUUGCUACACCUUGUUUAAUUUCUCCUGAAUUCCAUUUUGAGCUGAGAGCCCAAGUUUUAGUUCUGUUAUUUUGAAAUGUUUGGAGUUUUUUGGACUUGACAUUUUUUAAAGUGUUUUUUUGGUUGGUGUUGAAUAUAUAUAGUCCCCCACGUAGGUCA